GUGGGGCAUCAAUCCUCAAUGAGACAACGGAUCCACAAAAUGUACGGAAAACAUCUUCUAUGAUCGAUCUCACGAUUGAAUGAUCAAAAUAUAUGUAUAUAUAUAUGGUACACUACUAGCAUAAUUAAAUCCUAUUCAAUUUUUUUGGUAAAACUACUAUUUGCAGACGCAAUCAAUAGCUCUAUGGCAGCAAGUGGAUUACUAUCUGAAGGUGCAUGAACACCUCAUGAAGCGACUGGGAUCCAACGGUGCCAAGAAGCAUCUAUCAAAGUCUCUGUUCUUCAUUAUGAUCGGUAGCAAUGACAUCCUUCGCUACUCCCGAUCAUCUGAUCCCAAAAAGCCCACCCCGAAACGGUACGUCAACCAGAUGACCACCUUGCUCAAGGCCAAGUUAAAGGUACAUGAUGAUACCACUGAUACCGAUGCAUGACUUAACACACGUGAUGGGUGCACUGGAGACUACACAUUGUGGGAUUUUUAUUUUUAUUUUUAUUUUUUUCCUGAGCAGAUACUACAUACUUAUGGUGCACGUAAAUUCAUGGUGGUUGGACUGCCUCCGGUGGGGUGUUGCCCAUCGCAGAGGAUUCAGAAUGUGACCAGAGGCUGCAGGGAGGACACAAAUACCUGGACUAUCAUGUACAACAAGGCACUGGCAUCGAUGUCACGCAAGCUGAAGUCGGAGCUGAAAGGCAUGAGCUACUCCUAUAGCCGCACUUAUCCUCUCAUAUAUGGCGUCAUCCAGGAUCCUGCUUCUCGUGGGUUUAAGGAGGUGAAAGCAGCCUGUUGUGGGAUGGGAGACCUAAAUGCCGAAAUCCCAUGCCUGUCCAUUUCAAAGCAUUGCUCCAACAGGACAGACCACUUGUUCUGGGAUCUAUACCACCCCACUGAAGCAGCCAGUCGACUGUUCAUAGACAAUGUCUUCGAUGGCCCUCCACAGUACAGUUCCCCGAUAAAUGUACGGCAGCUAAUUCAUUGCCCUUGAAGUUUUAGUUGAUCAACACACUGGUACUUAUCACCUGUAAGAUUGUGUCGUCGUAAAAAAGAG